AUGAAGCGUACAAUAAGCUCAGACGAUGAGGAUGGCCAUGUCCGGUUGCUAGAAAAAUCACAACCAAGCCAAAUUUUACUCAGUCUCAAAAAGUCCGUUUCUCCACCACAUGUCAACCGCACAUUGACUUCCGAGACAAAGAAUGAAUGCAAUCUCGCCAAGAUCGAAGCCGGUGAAACAAAGGUUACAAACCACCUUGAAAUAUUCUCUUCCAGGUUCGAGAAAAUUUCUCGUCCCAUCUCGGGGUCAUCAACAUCUACGCCCCGCCUACUAAUACCAAAAUGGAUGGACCUGUACCGCCGCAACGAGCAUGCAGAAGGACGCCAUUUCGUGAUCCAUCAACACGACCACCCAGUCGCAGGGCCUCACUAUGAUCUUCGACUUCAGUUCUCAGAAACAAGCUCCGUAAGCUGGUCUAUCAUGUACGGUUUACCAGGUGAUCCGAAUAGCCAGCGAUUAAAUCGGAACGCAACGGAGACUCGAGUACAUUGUCUAUGGAAUCAUCUGGUUGAGACUGCCUCCUCGAAGACGGGGAGUAUGAUUAUUUGGGAUACGGGAGAAUACGAAGUCCUCCCAUACGACGCAGAUCAAUCUCAGCCUCAGACGGAUGAUUCUCGAUCUGAGAUCUCCGACAGUCCAAGUUGUCCGGAGGAAAAUAUUUCGGAAACCUCAAAACUACAGCAGGCGUUUAGUAAUUGCAAAAUUCGCUUACGAUUACAUGGGACCCGUCUACCGGAAGACUACACGGUUAUCCUACGAAUGGACAAGACAACAAACUAUAAACGACCUUUACGGACUGGUCCGAAGCGCCGCAGAAAGGCACCCGCAUCUAAGCAGUCGAUAUCAAGAGCUCCCUCAACAUCCGAGUCCGAAAGUGAAAACGCAGAAAGUUCAGAGGCAGGGAACAUGGAGGCCACCGAUUCCGAUAACGAAACGGACAUUCAAAUCCAAAAGAAUAAUGCUUACCCUGGCUCUGUUAAUAAGAUUGGUUCUAUUCACCAGCGUCGUUGGUUUUUAAGCCUUGAUAGACAAAAUUCUGGAUUUGAGCUAGGGAAUCCGAGGGAUCAGUCUGCCUCAAAUAAAAGGGCAUGGGCUCGACGACUCGGCAGACACAAUAUUUUACAUGGUUUUGAGCCAUUCCAUGUUCGAGGGCCAGAUUUUGAACGGAGCGUUGUAACAGGACGGCUAGGACUUGAUGUACUAAACGACGAAAUGGUAGAAGGCUUCAUACCUAGGAAAGGAUGGAGAGCAGUUUUACAUUAA